AACAUGUGCCCGUAAACGCGAAAGAGCAAUGUUUGUCCCUCACGACUUCCCGUAGAACGCAGCUGUCAUGUCAGCCCCCUUCAUGUCUCUACACAGGUGUUGCCAACGGGCGGCUCUCCUCACCGUUGCCAGGCGACCGUGGAGCUCCAGCUCGGUGUCCCCCCCUUCUCUGCCCUCCAGGUUCCUCCUCUACCUCACCCAGCGUUUCUACGAUGUGGAGAUGCUCCUGAGCUGGGGGUCCAAGCAGAGGAGGAAGGGGAUUCAGAAGAAGAAUGUUUACUAUGGCUACACUCAGAAGUUCUAUGGUGCAGACAUAGCAGCAGCGUAUUACAUCUUGAGUCUGAGGGGAGGAUUUAGGUUUGUUGGCCAGUCAGAGUGGUUCCAAGCAAACCGGAGGGGCAAAUUCAGUUGGGACUUCUUGAAUCACAAAGAAACACUCCUAGAGGAAGUGAACAUGAGCUACACAGUCAUCAACUUCAGUGGACUGGUGAACCUGGAGGGGCAGAAAUCUUUGCGGACUCUGUCGGUACGAGGAUGUCCUGAAGUGGACGACUGGUUCCUGGCCAGGCUCCACAUGUUCCAGGACACUCUGGAGGAGCUGGACAUCUCUCACUGUCCUCGCAUCACUACAGGCGGCCUGGCUGCACUCAGGAAUCUCAAGGGACUGCGGCGUCUGGACGUGUCGUCCCUCCCCGGGAUCUCAAGUCCUGGGUUGUUGGUUAUCCUGCUGGAGGAGAUGUUACCACAGUGCCAGGUCGUCGCCAAUGGCUACGACCACAGCCUGAGGCAGGAGGGAGGAGAGGAGAUAGAAGAGCACAUGCAAGGGCAGCGGUAGGGAACGGGAAUCAGAGGAACCAAGAGACUGGGUUUGGAAAGAGAGAGUCCUCUGGGAGAGCUUCGCUGUCAGUUCAACCGUCUUCUGACAGAACGGGCGCCGAUGGAGCAAAGAGACAUGUACAGAAAACAUCUUGCAGGAAUUCAACCGUCACAGCUUUUUUCAGGUUUGGACUAAUUUGGUUGUCACAGAUAAAGUCCAGUCCAUUUUUCCAGUUGACUUGUGCACCAGUCAUGAUCAUGGAUGUAUAAAAAGAACUACGUCCGAGGUUGCGCCCCGUUCUCAGCGGUGCAUGAAGCAAAAAAGUUGGACUUCUGAGUUCAUAAUUUGGAUGGAAACACCUGAAUCUUCAUCAUCCAUGGGUCCCAUAGAGCAAGCGGACUAAUGUUUCCUUAACCCUGCCUCCCAGCCCUCGUCCCGGCCUCGAUCUCUGACUCAUUCACAUGAACAGAGGAAGGAAAUAUCUCUGGAUUUUGGCUAUUGGAGCAUUUUGCAACUUUAAGGACCUUAUGAUUUAAAUAAGGGCUUAUCCUGUGUUCUCACUGAGAAGUGUAUUGAGCUUUAAUAAGAAAAAUCCACUGAGUUACAGACGUGUCUUUCCGAAAGUAUGUCUAUGGGAAAAAGUUUCACAUGACCGACCCUGAAAUUCCAUCAUUUGGCCACUAUGUAAAAUUCACUUUAAACAUGAACCAGUUAUUCACUCUUAUUCGAUUGGACACUGGCAACAUCCAAUUAGACAUGAGCAUGUGAAAAAGAAAAAAAAUACAGUAAGUGUUGAAGAAUAAUGUACUACCACAAUUUUAUUGAAUUAUUUGGCUUUGUAAUCUAAAAUACAAUACAUGUCAUCAUAGUCUGCUUGUGUUGUUUCCACCCCAGAAUCAACUUGUUGUCUAGAGUGUACACAGUUAUGAUGUAAAUGCAAAAUCAUCUUUGUUUCAAGCAAAUUAAGCUUUAUCUGCAAAUGUGGUUAUGGUGUAAUCUUCUUAAAUAUGAAUGU